AUGUCUAAUCAAGUUAUCCUUCAUUUGAGAGCUGAAACCAAGCCUAUGGAAGCUAGAGCCUGUUUGACUCCAACUACCACCAAACAGUUGAUUGAAGCUGGAUUCAAGAUUUAUGUUGAAGAAUCAGAACAGUCAAUUUUUGACAAUGCAGAAUAUGCCAAGGCCGGGGCCAUUAUUGUUCCAACUGACUCAUGGAAAAGUGCUCCAAAAGAGCGUAUUAUUAUUGGUUUGAAAGAACUAGAAGAACAAACAUUCCCAUUGAUUCACACACAUAUCCAAUUUGCUCACUGCUACAAAAAUCAAGGUGGCUGGAAAGAUGUUUUGGGGAGAUUUGCUCGUGGCAAGGGUACCUUGUAUGAUCUCGAAUUUUUAGAGAACGACCAAGGUAGAAGAGUUGCUGCCUUUGGUUUUUAUGCUGGUUUUGCCGGGGCCGCGUUGGGGGUUAAGGACUGGGCUUUCAAGCAACUAAAUGACGACUCUAAAGAUUUGCCAGGGGUCGCACCAUAUCCUAAUGAAACCGAAUUAAUUAACGAUGUCAAGAAGGAUUUGACUGCUGCCGUCAAGAAAACUGACGGUAAAUUGCCAACAGUUUUGGUCAUUGGUGCUUUGGGUAGAUGUGGUUCGGGUGCUAUCACAUUUUUGAAAUCCGUGGGUAUUCCAGAUGAAAACAUCAAGAAGUGGGAUAUGAAGGAAACUGCCCCAGGUGGCCCAUUCAAAGAAAUUGUUGACUCUGAUAUUUUUGUCAACUGUAUUUACUUGUCCAAGCCAAUUCCACCAUUCGUGAACUUGGAGUCUCUUAACAAAGAUGACAGAAAAUUGAGAACCGUUGUCGAUGUUUCUGCUGAUACCACCAAUCCACAUAACCCUAUUCCAAUUUACAGCAUUGCUACUGUGUUCCCAGAACCAACUGUUAAAGUUGAUACCACUAAAGGUCCAAAAUUAUCUGUCAUUAGCAUUGAUCACUUGCCAUCCUUGUUGCCAAGGGAAUCUUCUGAGUUUUUCAGUUCUGAUUUGCUCCCAAGCUUGUUGGAAUUGCCAAACAGAAAAACUGCCAAGGUUUGGACUAAGGCCGAAAAAUUGUUUCACGACAAAGUUAGACUCCUUCAAAGAGAAUCUAAAUUGUGA